GAAGAACCAUAUGCAUGUAUGUAACUCGAGUAGUGACGAUGAGAAGAUAAUAAUUAGUGAUGAGUCGUCCGGGUCAAUUUCGUCAAUAGAGGCAUACUGCUGGUGGAGAUCGGCGGCAAAGUACGACGAGUAUGUUAAGCUCAAGUUUGAGGGCGGCCUGCCAGAUGUGUCAAGGCUGACAAGGAGGAUGAGAGUGUUCAAAGAGUUGGAGAGAUUGGCUCUGCUUGCUAGUGGCAAUACUACUGGUACUCAUGAAUAUCAAGGUCAAUACAUUGAAGGUGGUGUGAAUGAGCUCCGGCACAAGCUCCUCACGUAUCGAUCAGGUGAUUUCUGGGUGCCUACUGGAGGAAUUAGUAAGGACAUGAUGGACAUUCCACCAGUGGCCACAAUUCUCUUGGUCGGCUUUUCUGCUUCCGGCAAGAGCUCGCUUGUCAAUCUAAUGUAUAGUGUUUUGGGUCGCUCUGGACUUGUACCUUUUGCUCAAACAUCCUCAUCCUCAGGAAGUACAACUAUGCUUUUGAAAGAGCACAAUGUGGUGAGGUCUUUGCGUAGUGGGUUCUGUGUGUACGACUCACGGGGAUUCGAUUACAAUGACAUUGGUGAUGAUAGUGUUCGGGAAGAACUGUCAUGUUGGAUGAAUUAUGGGAUUCACCAGAACCAAAGAUGCUUAAGAUCAGGAGAUCCGGACAACAUCCCUCAUCAUAAUGUUGCAGGUGAUGAUAUGCAUGAUGAAUUUCAUACCAUGUCCGAAUAUAAUUGGUCUUCAAAGUUCGUGAGGAGGACAGUGAACUGUGUCAUGCUGGUGGCUAACAUGGCAGAGAUAUACAAGGCGUUUAAAGCUGGUGAUUCUAAUCUAAUCGAAGCCACAAGACAGCUUUUCUGCUCAAGUGCUUUCCGAAAUUGCGAUGAUGAGAAGCCCAUCUUGAUCUUGACACAUGGUGACAUGUUAUCAACUGAAGAGAGGAUUGAAGGGCGGCUUAAAAUAUGUGAAUAUGUGGGUGUCUCAGAGACGACCGGAGUAUAUGAUAUCGUGUGCCUUACGGAGUAUGGAUUUCUGGCAGAAGAAUCAGACCCGGUUUCAGCUUAUGCCCUCACAGAAGCAGUGUAUAGGGCAUUGCUCAUAUCGGACAGGACCCACUUACCGAAGAAAACACAUAAGGACUGGGCAUUGCUUGUAGUGUCCUGGAUUAUGUGCUUCAUUGCUUCCCUCUUUGCUCUCAUUGCUGAGAUUUGCUUCAAACUCGGAGGAGGUGGACGUCAGAGGGAUCACCACAGGCUACUCAUGAAGUAGUCGUUGAAUUAGAUAUAUAGCUACUCUACUUGU